UCUCUCCAAGGACAGCUAAAUGCUAAAUACAGGAGUCUUUCAUACUCACUGUCAGCCAGGCUUGUCCCAUGGUACACACACACUAAGCCUGUUGUUGUGUGUUUGUCCACAGCCAUCCUAGGUGUCCAUACCCUGGUGACCAGCACCCAGAGCUACGAUGGAACCAGCAGUAAAGACGGAGGAUACAACAACGUGGUGAAGGGGGAGAAGAUGAACCCCGUGUUUGAUGAGCCUCCCAACCCCACUAACGUAGACGACACUCUGCAGAGGAUCAAAAACAACGACGCUGCGCUGACGGAGGUUAACCUCAACAACAUCAAGAACAUUCCCAUUCCCACGCUGAAGGAGUUUGCCAAGGCCAUGGAGAGGAACACACACGUCAAGAAGUUUUUGCUCCAACCCACUCCUAACUACCCCCCCUCCUCCCAGGCGAUGAGUGAGAUGCUGAAGGAGAACAAGUCGUUGCGGAGUCUCAACCUGGAGUCUAACUUCAUCACCAGCGCUGGUGCUGCUGCUCUGGUGGACUGUCUCCGAGACAACGACACUCUGACUGAGAUCAAGAUAGACAACCAGAGGCAGCAGCUGGGGACUUCAGUAGAGAUGGAGAUGGCUAAGAUGCUGGAGGACAACAACAGCAUAGUGAAGUUCGGCUACCACUUCUGUCAGCAAGGCCCACGGGCUAGAGCUGCUGCUGCUAUCACCAAGAACAAUGACCUGAUCCGCAAGAGGCGAGUGGAGGGGGACCAAGGGGCGGAGCCUGUCAUGUCUCCCAGACCUGUCCCGUCGUCUCAUCUCGCC